GCUUGGUCAUAGAAAAAGUUGUUAAACUAAUUUUAGUUUUAAUUAAAUACAUUUACACUUUGCACCUCUUACUACUUUUUUAAUAGAAUAAUUAAAGAUAAUUAUAAAUUUAUAAUUGUUUGUUAUUAUUAUACUGCAAUGUAAAAUAUGUUGAAAAUGAAUUCUCUUAACCUCAAUGUAAUAAAGUUAAUUUUUAUUAACAUACAUUACUAUUUUCUUAUCUAUAGCUCUUAUCAAGUGAGAGCGAAUUAAAUACCCGCAACAGUUACCUAACACUCGGUAAGAUGGAUCCUAAAAGUAUUGUAGUUGUUGGAAGCUGCAUGGUUGAUUUUGUUAGCUAUGCAUCUCGACUUCCAAAAGCUGGCGAAACAAUUCAUGGUUCAAAAUUUGUCACUAACUUUGGUGGGAAAGGUGCAAAUCAAUGUGUUGCUGCAGCCAAGCUAGGAGGCAAGACAACUUUGAUUGCAAGAGUUGGACUUGACUCUCAUGGAGAGAACUAUCUGGAAAACCUAAGAUCAUUAGGUGUAAAUGCUACUAAUGUGAUGAAAACUGAUGGACAGAGCACUGGAAUUGCACAAAUCAAUGUAUCUGAUGCUGGGGAAAAUCAAAUUGUAAUUGUGAGUGGUGCAAAUAACAGUUUAAGCUCACAAGAUGUUGAAAAGUGCAGAGAUGUUGUGGAAAAUGCUGGGAUUUUGGUCUGUCAACUUGAAACUAAAAUGGAAGUAGCUAUUACUGCUCUAAAGUUGUCAAAAGGGAUAUCAAUAUUGAAUGGAGCACCAUCAUUCAAAGAAUUUCCAGCAGAAUUGUUGACUUUACCAACGAUUUUCUGUGUAAAUGAGAGUGAAGCAGAAGAUUUUGCUGGAAUACCUAUAAAAACUUUAGAUGAUGGGAAACAAGCAUUAAAAAAGCUUUUACAACUCGGGUGUAAAUCUGUUAUAUUAACAAUGGGUGCCGAAGGUGUUUUAUUCGGAGUACAACCUUCGCAAAUUGAUAUUUUCCACACGCCUUGCCCUCAAGUAACUUGCGUCGAUAGUACAGGCGCUGGCGAUAUGUUCAUCGGAGCUCUUGCGUUUCUCUUAGCAAAUUGGGACCGAAAUAACAUUGAAAACUGCAUAAAAGUUGCAUGUCAAUUAGCAUCCGAUAGCGUGACACGUCCAGGGACACAAAUAAGUUAUCCACACGCCGAUAUCUUAAAAGAUUUGAACAUUUUUAUUAAAUAAUUACUGAAGAACACAAUACACAGAAAUUAUACUUCCACUCAGACAUUGCAAUCACAUAUAAAAUUACAAAAGAAUAAAUAAAUUAUCACAA